AUGCAAGCGAGGCGCCUGGCCAAGCGCCCUAGCUUGGGCAGCCGCCGCGGGGGCGCUGCGCCCGCUCCCGCCCCCGAGGCCGCCGCGCUGGGGCUCCCGCCCCCUGGCCCCAACCCGGCCGCCGCACCGGGAAGCUGGAGGCCGCCGCUGCCGCCGCGCGGGACCGGCCCCCCGCGCGCCGCUGCCGCUGCCGCCGCCGCCUCGUCCCCGGUCCUUCUGCUUCUGGGUGAAGAGGACGAGGACGACGAGGGCGCGGGCCGGAGGCGCAGGACGCGCGGACGGGUGGCGGAGAAGCCCCGAGGGGGAGCGGAGGAGGAGGAGGAGGACGACGAAGAGGACGAAGAGGUGGUCGUCGAGGUGGUGGACGGCGAUGAGGACGACGAGGACGCCGAGGAGCGCUUCGUGCCUCUCGGACCCGGCCGUGCGCUUCCCAAGGGCCCGGCCCGGGGCGCGGUGAAGGUAGGGAGUUUUAAGCGAGAAAUGACCUUCACGUUUCAAUCAGAGGACUUAAAACGAGACUCCAAUAAGAAGAUAUCUCAUCACUUGUUCCCACUGGCCAUGGAGGAAGAUGUGAAAACAGCAGACACCAAAAAAGCCAACUGGAUCCUAGACCAAGAAAAAGAAAACACUCGAUCCAUUUGUCUUCUUGAGCAAAAGCGAAAAGUGGUUUCCUCCAAUAUCGAUGUCCCUCCAGCAAGAAAAUCUUCAGAGGAACUGGACAUGGACAAGGUGACGGCAGCCAUGGUCCUAACGAGCCUGUCAACCAGCCCUUUGGUCCGCAGCCCUCCCAUCCGGCCUAACGAGGGCCUCAGUGGGUCCUGGAAGGAAGGUGCGCCAUCCAGCAGCAGCAGCAGCAGCGGCUACUGGAGCUGGAGUGCUCCUAGUGACCAGUCCAACCCGUCCACACCCUCACCGCCACUGUCCGCCGACAGCUUCAAGCCCUUCCGUAGUCCUGCUCCCCCUGAUGAUGGCAUCGACGAGGCGGAGGCCAGCAACCUGCUCUUUGACGAGCCCAUUCCCAGGAAGAGAAAGAACUCCAUGAAGGUGAUGUUCAAAUGCCUUUGGAAAAACUGUGGCAAGGUGCUAAACACAGCAGCAGGCAUCCAGAAGCACAUCCGGGCUGUCCACCUCGGGCGAGCUGGGGAAUCUGACUACAGCGAUGGCGAGGAAGACUUCUACUACACGGAGAUCAAGCUCAACACGGACGCAGUGGCCGAAGGCCUGAGCAGCAUGGCCCCAGUUUCGCCCUCCCAGUCCCUGGCUUCACCUCCUGCGUUUCCCGUUCAAGAGUCCAGCCGGACAGAAAUCCCUUGUGCCAAAACAGACACUAAACUGGUGACGCCGCUGAGCCGCUCAGCCCCCACCACCCUCUACCUCGUGCACACUGACCACGCUUACCAGGCCACACCCCCAGUGACUAUCCCAGGAUCUGCUAAGUUCACCCCCAAUGGCAGCAGCUUCAGCAUUUCCUGGCAGUCUCCUCCAGUCACUUUCACGGGCAUUCCGGUGUCGCCAACACAUCAUCAUCACCCAGUGGGCUCAGGAGAGCAGAGACAGCACGCCCACACAGCCCUGUCCUCUCCACCCAGAGGGACAGUCAGCCUAAGGAAGCCCAGAGGAGAAGGCAAAAAGUGCCGCAAGGUUUAUGGGAUGGAAAACAGGGACAUGUGGUGCACUGCCUGCCGCUGGAAGAAGGCCUGCCAGCGGUUCAUCGACUGAGCCAGGAGUCAGGCUCACCCUAGCCAUUCCUGCCUCGACUUCCAAAGGAAGCCACUCAAGGCCCAGGGAAAACCCUUCCUGGAAUUCCAGGAAUAUAAUUCCUUGGUGGAAUUAAAGCAAAAAACAAA